AUGGUGAUAGCAUGGGUAGAUGAUAAGGUUAUCUCACUCCGGUCCAACCCCUUUAGACGCAUGUUCCCAGCCUACAAGGUCAACGUGAGUGGGCUGGAUCCGAAGGCAAAGUACGUGAUGCUCAUGGACAUAGUGCCACGGGAUGAGAACCGCUACAAGUUCCACAACAAUGGCUGGGCCGUGGCGGGCAAGGCUGAUCCCGAACCCACCAAACGACCUUACAUCCAUCCCGAUUCACCUGCCACUGGUGAGCAGUGGAUGCAGAAACCUAUCUCCUUUCACAAACUCAAGCUCACCAACAACAUCACUGAGCGACAACCUUUCCAAGCCGUGCUGAACUCUAUGCACAAGUACAUACCCCGUGUGCACAUAGUCCGGGCAGAUGAUCUCAUGAAGAUCAAUUUCUGUGAGUUCGUCACCUUCUCAUUCGAGGAGUCCGAGUUCAUCGCCGUCACGGCCUACCAAAAUGAACAGAUUACGCAACUAAAAAUCGACCACAAUCCAUUUGCUAAAGGUUUUCGAGACAACGGAAGUGGAAGGCGUGAAAAGAAACGACAACGACUGCAGCAGCUGCCGCCGUUGAAUUCUACCGAAAGCUUGAUCCCCGAGGAUGCCGAUGAGGACGUGAAAGCCAGUGAGGGCGAGAGACGGAGCAAAGACGCCCUAUUUUCGGCCCUAAGACAACCGCCAUUCCCCUGCUCCUUUGGCCGCCUCCCACAACUGCCAUCCGUGCCUCUCUCCUCUUUUCACCCACCCGGGGGGGCGAGUGGAGACGAUGGAGGACUGCAGUUGUCUCAGCUAGCUGUCCCUUGUCCCCUUGUGGGACGCCUUCCUGAGCUCCCCUCCCUCGCCGAACGCGUGUGGGCCGACGUCAGGGAGUCUGAGCGCCUCCUGGCUGCUGCAGCGGCUGUUGCCGCACUCGAUCGGCGGCCGGGCAGUCUGGCCAACCUUCUCUGCCAGUCACUGGUAACGGGUCAUCAGAAAUCACCCAAUUUUCCUUCGACUCGGUUGGAUGGCUAUAAUUUGCUGGAGAGAUCCCCACUCCUUCUGGGCUCGUCCCUACAGCAGCGGCACACUGUGCACCACUGCCCUCCCUCUGGGCGGUCUCAGCCAUCCACUCAUUCUCUCUCAUCUCAGCAUCUGCCCCCACCGUCCUCCCUUGCCGACCGACCUUCUCCCAACAAAUCCGCAGUGGACGGGUGCGAGUCACCAGCUGAUCCGGCCGUCUUUCCGCGGGAAUUUGAGGACCACUCCGAAUUUCCGACGGGUAGCAAACGGUCGUGGACCUCAACAAAACAGUUGGGAGAUAACCAACACCCGAAAGAAGCAGAGGAUGAACAGGGUUCGGGCCCCAGCGCAUCGAAGAAGAGCUUCAGUAUCACCAAUCUCCUUUGA